UAGACAGUUAACCAAGCUAAAGGUAAAGGUGUAAAUGAGCAGUCUGGCAAGUAGCCAGCGUGCUUUGUGGACAGGCAGAGUGUCAGGUAAACAAGGAGGCUGCACUCCCUGUCUGCUUUAACAUUGUUGUAGGAGAAAUACAGGCAGUGUCAGUAAAAAGGAAAGGAACCUCUUAGAUCGGCCUCUAUUCUCUGCUGCCCUCUCACUGACACAAACACACACAGAAAGAGACUGAGGCAACUACAGGGGGGCUCGACCAACUCAGCAUUGCAAGCCAUAGGUAACACAAGAUCCGGAUCCAGUGCAGCAUUAACUGUGCCGUCAUGGCAUAUCGGAUAGUGUGUGAUGCCCAGGGGGGCCCACUGGACGCUGAGGGUUUGAAUUGGGAUCUGGACAAAGAGGAAUUACAGGAACCAGGGUCCAGCAUUGAUCGCAUGCAGAUGCAACACGUUGACUGCCAGAGUUCAGGUUGUUCAGACCCUGGUCCUGACCCUGAUCCUGAGCUGAUGGAGCCAAUCCAGCCUUCUGUCUCAGUUUCACCACACGGACGGUUUGAACGACUCCAGGAAGAUCCCAACUAUAUUUCCCACUUUACCAGAAAUCCAGGCCACAAAGGCCAGAGACGACUCCCCUGUUUUGUACUCAGAUACUUCCUGGCAGGGUUGGGACUUUUUGUCCUGGGUGUCUUGGUAGGCUGGUUCACCCAUACAUCUUCAACCAAACAACCUCUUGUUCCACCUGAAACCUCGGACCUGCUGGAAGAGCUGCUGAGAGGAAUCAAAGCUGAAAAGAUAGAUGCCCUUCAAAAGUCUUUCUCCAGCCUUUCAGAUGAGAGUGAAGAAUCCAGAGCCAGGUACCUGUACAGGCAGUGGGUCGGACUUGGUUUGACUGAUGUCCAGCUGUCCAAUCACACAGUUCUCUUCAGCUUGCCUGGUUCCACCCCCAACACCAUCACUGACAAGUCCAGUCACCAGUGUUUCCUACCUAGUGGGGUUCCCUGUGACCAGCGAGGACGAAACGACCUGCUGAAGCAGCAGCAGCUGUUUGCCUACGCAGCCUACUCCGCCGUAGGCAGCGUGCAGGGGGAGGUGGUGGAUGUCCAGUAUGGAACUGUGGAUGACCUGAGGAGAGCCAAAGACAGCCUGAACCUCACCAACCAGAUAGCUGUGGUCAAGCUUGGCAAAGCACCUUUAUUGUACAAGCUUUCCCUGUUAUCUGAGUUGGGUUUUGGAGGCGUUCUGGUCUACAUUGACCCCUGUGACGCCCCCCUCAGCCACCACACAUGGCAUCAAGCCUUCAGAGUUACACUGAAUCCUGGAGGAAACCCUGCCGCCGCUGGUGUAGGAGGAAAUCUGACACAUUUGCUGGUUCAGCCCAUCUCUGCCUUCCUGGCCAAGACUUUAUUGUCCUCUUCUUCCACGAGCCAAGGAGACACGUGUAUUCCUCUAGCCAUUCCUCCAAACACAGAGCCAAAGAAGAUAACUCUGACCGUUGGAAACCAGCUGUCCUACAAGAAGAUUUACAACGUUGUGGGAUAUCUAAGAGGAAGAAGGAACCCAGAUCGCUAUGUGUUGGUUGGCAGUCACCAUGACAACAGCCAGGGAGGCGGGACCUCAGCCAUAACGAAUCAGCUCAUUGCUGCACUGACGGAGCAGACCAAGCAGGGAUGGGUGCCGGACCGUACCACCGUGUUCUGCUCCUGGGGAGGGUCAGCCUUGGGAAACAUUGGGUCCUAUGAGUGGGGAAAGGAUAACAGCGUUGUCCUGCAGAGCAGUGCUGUGGCCUACGUCAGUCUGAACUCUCCAGUCAGAGGGACGGAAACUCUCAGAGCUACAGCUUCUCCCACACUGCUGCAGCUCACCUCAGAUAUACAGAGGAGGCAGUUGCUGAGUUGCAUCCGUGGAGGGAACUGCCCAGGACCCAACGUCAGCUCCUUGCAGUUGCCCGGAGACGUGAGUUUCUUCGCCAAUGAACUGGCUGUGCCCACCAUGGAGUUCGCCUUUGAGCAGACUAAAGUAGAGGAGACCACCAGUUUUCUGUCGGAGGCCCAAUUUUAUGCUGAGUCACCAGGAUCUCUGGACCCAUUGUUCAAGUUCCACGAGACAGUCGCUAAGAUGACGGCUGAAGCCAUUCUCCGCCUGGUCAGUGAUCCAGUGCUCCCAUUCUACCCUCUGGACGUCGCUCUGGACGUUCAGAACAAACUCAAAGACAAGAGUAUGGUGUCUCCGCUCCUGCUGUCCUCAGCAUCCUCCUUCAGAGACCACGCAGCAUUCUUCCAGUCAGAAACGAUGCGGCCGGCCAAUGACCCGAAGGAGCGCGAACCCGCCCACGUACGGAUGCUGAAUGAUGUACUUCGUGACCUCGAGAAGAGCUUCGUCAUCCCACAGACACCGCCUGGAGUGUACAGGAAUCUGUUAUACAGCCUUCCAGGAAAAUCUCCACAGUUUUCCAUCCUCACGUUCUCCCAGGAAGCCGUCCUGCACUGCAGCGUGACCAGCAGAGCCGUGAAGUACAACUCUGCAAACCAGGAAGUAGUUUGCCACAGCAGCAUGAACCAGUCUCUGUCUGUCCUCCUGAGAGCCAUCCGGUCUGCCGAGCGGCUGCUCUGCUUCGGCUUAGACUUGUUUGAAAAUUACCCAAAUGACACAAAAUGACAGACUCGGCCAAAACUGACACCAAUUAGGUAAAUGAAGAUCAAUAAACCCUCUGUCCUCCAAUUCUGCUUGUCAUAUUGCAGCCCCACAAAGGUUUUAGCCCCUUUUUUAAAUGACUUUCAUAUCCAGGGUUGUUGAAAAUGCUGUCUGAUUAAUGAAUGUACUGAACUUGUUGCACACCAGCUCUUAGAUAUGCAAAUACUACGGACACGGUGGGGCCAUUUAAAUUGCACUAAAGCUUCAACCAGUAAUUAUAGACGUACGCUUAAUUCUUUUAAAUCAGCAUCACUGAACAUUUGCUUCUAAAACAUGGUGAAAAAGAUUUUUUUUCUCUUUGUUUUACUAACCCUGGCACAGGAAGAUGUUCCAGAACUUCUCCUUUGAUUUUUAUGUGUAACAGGGAAGAAAACAUGGCGUAAAUUUUCAGGCAACAUUAACCCUUUCAGUGAUCCGUUGCUUUUUCUGUCACAACCAAUCUUCUCUGGACAUGAUGUAAAGAUUCACCUUUUUGCCCACAGAACCCUUUUUUUUAUAAAAUAUUGUGUUUUGUCUUCCUCAGAAUGGCCAAAGAUUUUAGAAUUAGUUGAAAGUUGAAGUUUUUUUUUACCUUUAUUCAUCCAGAUGAAAGUCGAUGAGACCCUAAUCUCUUUCAAAAGGGUGACCUGGCCACAAGGCCAACACCUCACAUCAACAUAAAACAAUUAAACAGUGAAGCUAAAUCACAUUUCUUUAGUGUGACGUCAGUAAAGCUUUUCGAGUCCGAGCCGUUCUUAUUGUUUCAUCUGUUUGGCUUUUUACUUUUGAUAAACAAUAAAUGAGAAAUAAACCUGAAAACAGCUGCUGAUGUAAAAAAAUUCAAAGGUUAUAGCAUUUUCUUCUCGUGUAGCAGCUUAUCAGCAAAAACAAUGUUUAAAAGAUGUGCUGUGUGUUUGGAGCUGACUGUGAUGAAGCCAUGAAAUCAUGAAAUGAACACACAUUUAUCUAUCAGUUCAAACGGUGUAAUAAAUUCACUUUCACAAAACUUUCACAUGACAGAAAUUAUACAGCAUUAACAACAAAAGGACCAGAACAUGUCCAGCUCAGUGUGUGCAUUCAUUAAUGAUAACGGUGACCAUGAAUCUGGCUAUUAAAGCUCAGGAGAAAAGCAACCAAUCAAAGCACAGCUGCUGAAAAGGUCGUUCAGGGCAGGUACUGCUGCUUCGAGGCAGGUGGAUUAGUGCCUUCUGAAAUCUGAACCCUAGAAACAUCCAUCCCGUCAUGUGGAGACAUAAACAUGUUGAAAAUUCACAGUUAAUCUGUAAAUGACUCACCGUCCACCUGUUCAACUUCCUGUUAACACAGAGAACCAGCCAAUCACAUGGCAGCAUCUUGCUCAAGUUCAACCUGAGCAUCAGAAUAAGGAAGAAAGGGGAUUUAAGAGAAAACAUGUCCAGGCAUGAAGCAGAUGGGCCACAGCAGCAGAAGACCAACAUGAAAGAUCCAUCCUGCCCGCUCAGCAUGCUGCUGAUGGUCUGAUGGUGUUGAGGAGCUUUUUUUGGCCCACUUUGGGUCCCGUAGUACCAACAUGGCAUGGUUUAAUCUUAACUUUCCAGCUCAGCUGCUUUGUGGCGCCACCGUGCAUCAGAAACGUCUUCUUGGCUUUAUUCCAGCCAUAGAGGAGCAUUAUUUUU